AUGCCAUUCCACCUCCCUCUCAGCCCGCUCGACAGACGAAACCAGCCCCCGGUGUACUACCUUCAAGUGCAAGAUGCCCUGAUCCUGAUCAGUUCCUUCCUCUGGACCGUCGCAUACGCCCUCUAUGUCCGCCAAGCGUUCCGCGACAAGUCCUACGGCAUGCCACUUCUUUGCUUGUGGGCGAACAUAGCGUGGGAGUUUCUGUUCGGCGUCGUGGCUCCGACCUCGGCCGCUCAGACGAUCGCUUUCGUUCCGUGGCUGCUCAUCGAUGUCGCAAUCGUCUACACGACGUGGCGGUUCGGCCCCGAUCAGUGGAAGCGGUCGCCGCUGGUGGCGAACAAUAUGGGCUGGAUUGUGACGUCUGGUACCAUCUUGAUGACGGGGUUGUUUUGGUCCUUCAUCAAGACCGUUGGCGUCGAAGCUGCGUCCUUUUAUAUCGGUUAUGGGGACCAGCUCCUGAUAAGCAUCACUUCGGUGGCGCAGUUGAUGUCAAGGAAUAAUACCUCCGGUCAUUCCUUGGGUAUCUGGUUUUAUCGGGCGAGUGGGACUUGCUUGACCAUUCUGCUGUUUGCCUGGCGGUAUUGGCAUUACGCCGAUAGCUAUCCGAGAGUGGCACAACCUACAACAUUGUUCCUCUUCGUGGGCUCAGAGGUGGUGGAUUCGAUCUAUCCGAUGGUCUACGUCUUUCUGGAAAAGAAGGCGAAAAAGAAAGGGACGUAG